AUGCCUCCAUACCGUAACUAUAUCCUAUGUAUAUAUUGGGUCUUUCUGUGUAUAAUUGCUGCUACACAACUACAGGGUGCAGAAACUAUUCUCUAUAUAAAAUUCUUCAUCAACUCCAUACUAAACUCCACAAAUUCUUUCAAGAUUCAAAUUAGAAAUAUCUCUUACAACAUAAGCUACAUAUCCGAGUUCAUACCUGGCAAUUUACUAUAA